UAUUGGUUAGGUCGUUGAGACGCUAGUAAAAAAGAUGGAUAAAGUUGUCGGAAUUGGAAUUACUUCUUCAAACUCGAAACGUUUUUCUAUAGGUCCACCAAUCCUUCCUUCCUCCACAAGAUCUGCCUGUAUACGUCUUCUUUCUUCUGGGCUUAACACUGCUGAUUCAAACCUCACUCUCAACUCCAAAUUUACUACUAGUACCCAUAACUGCCCGCUGUUUAUAUACGACAAUUUUUCAGUGUAAUUUGUGAUCACGCUUUCCGCAUUUGGUCAAAGGGGCUUGUGAAAUGCGAUCCAUGUCGAUACCUAAGGAGCCAGAGCAAGUGAUGAAACGGAGAGAUGGAUCCGUUUUGGGAAAGAAGACAAUUCUCAAAAGUGACCAUUUCCCUGGCUGCCAGAACAGACGCUUAUCCCCUCAUAUCGACGGUGCUCCUAAUUAUCGCAAGGCCGGCUCUUCGCAUGUUCAUGGUGUUGCUAUUCCAACGGUUGAAGGUAUUCAAAAUGUUCUCGACCAUAUUGGAGCUCAACUGAGUGGGAAGAAAACUCACUUUCUCUGGAUUAAUCUCCGUGAGGAACCGGUGAUAUAUAUAAAUGGACGCCCGUUUGUCUUGCGUGAAGUAGAAAGGCCUUUCUCAAAUCUGGAGUAUACGGGAAUUAAUAGGAAAAGGGUGGAGCAAAUGGAGGAUCGCUUGAAAGAAGAUGUUCUGCUAGAAGCUGCAAGAUACGGAAAUAAGAUCCUAGUAACUGAUGAGCUUCCUGAUGGUCAGAUGGUGGAUCAAUGGGAACCAGUAACAUCUGAUUCUGUGAAAACACCCUUACAGGUGUAUGAGGAACUGCAAGCACAAGAGUACCUUGUCGACUACGAGCGUGUUCCUAUUACUGACGAAAAGUCACCCAAAGAGCUGGAUUUUGAUAUUCUUGUUCGUAGAGUUUCUCAAGCUGAUGUGAACACACAGAUUAUUUUUAAUUGCCAAAUGGGACGUGGGCGAACAACCACAGGAAUGGUGAUUUCCACAUUGGUGUAUCUUAAUCGAAUAGGGGCCUCUGGUAAUUAUUUUCUCUCAUGUCAGACCUGGUAUUUUCCUUCAAUGUCCAAUUUAGAAAUAUUUCCUGCCCUUAGAUUUUAUUCUCUUGCUUCUUGUUCUUGCAUUCUGUUUCGAUUCCGGGAAGUAAAAUCAGUCACCGGAACCCUUUUUUUCCGGCGACUUUCAAAGUUGUUUUGCGUCUGCUUUGUCUCGUGGAUUACAGUUGAUUAUUUCUCUUAUUUGGUAAUAAUUUACAAGAUGUCUUUGGGAAUUGAUGUUUUUGGGCCUAAAAGCAUGAGUUCUAGAAACUCUAAUGUUAUGAUUACCUCGGAGCCUUUAAUGGGAGGUUCAAACUACUUAGCUUGGGCUUCAUCUGUCGAGUUGUGGUGUAAAGGUCAAGGUGUGCAAGAUCAUCUGAUUAAACAGUCUAGCGAAGGAGAUGAAAAGGCGAUAGCGCUUUGGGCAAAAAUUGAUGCUCAAUUAUGUAGCAUCUUGUGGCGUUCUAUUGAUUCUAAGUUGAUGCCUUUGUUUCGGCCAUUCCAGACAUGUUAUUUGGUUUGGGCAAAGGCUCCACCAAGUCACCCAGUGAUUUCAUCACAGAUACUUGAUUCCUCUGUUCUUGCAUCCCAGACAGUGGAUGUUCGGAUGGAUUACUUGCAGAACUUACGUGAAGCUAUUGCUAUCUACCGCAAUAGUAUUUUGCGCCAACCUGAUGAGAUGAAGAGAGAGGCUGCACUUUCGUUUUUUGUGGAGUACCUAGAAAGAUAUUACUUCCUUAUAUGUUUUGCUGUAUAUCUCCAUACACAACGAGAUGCACUAUUUUCUAGGUCCUCUGCUCAGUGCAGCUUUAGCGAUUGGAUGAAAGCAAGACCAGAGUUGUAUAGUAUAAUCCGUCGGUUGCUAAGGAGAGACCCUAUGGGAGCACUUGGCUACGUGAGUCUGAAACCUUCUCUUGCUAAAUUGGUUGACACUGCUGAUAGUCGCCCUUGUGAGAUGGGGCAAGUUGCUGCUUUGAGGAACGGAGAGGUUCUUGGACCUCAAACUGUUCUUAAAAGUGACCACUGUCCUGGCUGUCAACAUCCUGGCUUGCCAGAAAUAUUAGAAGGUGCUCCUAACUUUAGAGAAAUUCCAGGAUUUCCUGUCUAUGGUGUUGCGAAUCCCACCGUCAGUGGGAUUCGAUCUGUAAUUCAAAGGAUUGGUAGCUCCAAAGGUGGACAUCCAGUUUUCUGGCACAAUAUGAGAGAAGAACCUGUUAUCUACAUCAACGGAAAACCAUUUGUACUCCGUGAGGUUGAAAGGCCGUAUAAAAAUAUGCUUGAAUACACGGGGAUCGAUCGUGAAAGAGUGGAAAAAAUGGAAGCUCGAUUAAAGGAUGACAUUAUGCGAGAAGCUGACCGUUAUCAAGGUGCAAUAAUGGUUAUUCACGAAACUGAUGAUGGUCAAAUAUUUGAUGCUUGGGAACAUGUGAGCUCUGAUGCAGUUCAAACUCCUGUGGAGGUCUUUAAGUGCUUGGAAGCUGAUGGUUUUCCUAUAAAGUAUGCCCGUGUUCCAAUCACUGAUGGCAAAGCUCCCAAAAGUUCUGACUUCGAUUUAUUGACUUUUAAUAUAGCAUCUGCUUCCAAAGAUACUGCUUUUGUCUUUAAUUGCCAGAUGGGCAUAGGGAGGACUACUACUGGAACUGUAAUUGCAUGCCUUUUGAAAUCACGUAUUGAUCAUGGGAGACCCAUUAGAGUAUUAAAUGAUGCAUCAAAUCCAGAUGUAGGUGGUGAUAUGUCAAGUGGUGAUGAAAGUGAAGGCGAAAACCAUCCACCUGCACUAUUAGUAUCAAAAAAUAGACCUCAAAUAGAUUCAAGUGACACAUUUGGGAUAAAUGACAUCCUGCUGCUCUGGAAAAUAACAAGAUUGUUUGAUAAUGGGGUGGAAUGCCGAGAGGCCUUAGAUGCUAUUAUUGAUCGAUGUUCAGCUCUGCAGAACAUACGCCAAGCGGUCUUGCAAUACAGAAAGUUGUGUAAUCAGCAGCAUAUUGAGCCUAGAGAAAGAAGAGUAGCACUAAAUCGUGGUGCUGAGUACUUGGAACGAUAUUUUCGUUUGAUCGCGUUUGCUGCAUAUCUUGGCAGCGAAGCGUUUGAUGGAUUUUGUGGACAAGGAGAAUCAAGGAUGACUUUCAAAGAUUGGCUGCACCAGAGGCCAGAGGUUCAAGCAAUGAAGUGGUCAAUUAGAUUAAGGCCUGGGAGAUUCUUUACCAUCCCUGAGGAACUAAGAGCUCCACAAGAGUCACAACAUGGGGAUGCUGUUAUGGAAGCUAUUGUGAAAGAUCGGAAUGGCUCUGUUCUUGGGAAAGGGUCUAUCCUCAAGAUGUACUUCUUUCCUGGCCAAAGAACUUCCAGUCACAUACAAAUUCAUGGUGCUCCUCAUGUUUACAAGGUUGAUGGACACCCCAUUUAUAGCAUGGCAACGCCUACAAUUGCAGGUGCAAAGGAGAUGUUAACUUACCUUGGUGCAGAGCAGACCUCAAAAGAAAGUGUUGCUAAGAGAGUAGUUUUAACUGAUCUGAGGGAAGAGGCUGUCGUUUAUAUUAAUGGAACACCUUUUGUUCUUAGGGAAUUAGACAAGCCUGUUGAAUCCUUGAAGCAUGUUGGAAUCACUGGUUCAUUGGUGGAACACUUGGAGGCACGGUUAAAAGAUGACAUACUAUCUGAGAUUAGACAAUCUGGUGGUAGGAUGCUUUUGCAUCGUGAAGAGUAUAGUCCGUCUUUAAAUCAAGUUAGUAUCAUUGGAUAUUGGGAGAACAUAUUUGUGGAUGAUGUUAAGACUCCUGCAGAGGUAUAUGCAAGUCUGAAGUAUGAAGGGUAUGAUAUAAUCUAUAGGAGGAUACCAUUGACUAGAGAGAGAGAAGCCUUGUCUACGGAUAUUGAUGCUAUCCAAUACUGUAAGGACGGCGCUGCAGGAUCUUACCUUUUUGUAUCACACACAGGAUUUGGAGGGAUUGCUUAUGCAAUGGCUAUUAUUUGUUUAAGGCUUGAAGCUGAGGCUAAGCUGUCAUUAGAUAUUCAUCGACCAUUUGAAGGCACUGUGCUUCCAUGUCCACCUCUAGAGAAUUUCAAUGUUCAAAAUUCGAACGAAGAAGCACGCAAAAUGGGUGACUAUAGGGACAUAUUAAGCCUCACUAGGGUUCUUGUGCACGGUCCUGAGAGCAAGACAGAUGUUGAUAUUGUAAUAGAAAGGUGUGCAGGUGCAGGUCAUUUGCGAGAAGAUAUAGUUGAAUAUUCAAAGGAGCUUGAAAAGAAUUUAGAUGAAGAUGAAGAACGUCGAGCAUACCUCAUGGAUAUGGGCAUUAGAGCUCUAAGGAGAUAUUUUUUCCUGAUAACAUUUAGAUCCUAUCUCUACUGCUGUUCUCCAGCUGAGAUAAGAUUUAGUGAAUGGAUGGAUGCGAGACCUGAACUUGGCCACCUAUGUAAUAACCUCAGAAUUGACAUAUAAUGAGGAUAGUGUCAAGACAUAUCCAACAUUAGACUCUAAAGCUCUCUCUGCAUAUCUAUAAACACGGGGGACACUGAAUAAAGUUGAUCAGAUUGAGAAAUUGCUGAUACUAGACUCAUGACUUGUGGAGGAAGACAAGUUAUUGUCAUUCUUUGAAGGGAGCUGAUAGCUAUUAGCAUUUAAUUAGUUCAGAUUGUAGACACCUGUGCUGCAGCCAAGCAAGAGGAAGCAAACUGCGAGACUGGCAGACAGAAGUUACAAUGAAUCAGAAGAACUAUUCCCAUGUAUAACAUGAGGAACCAAAAGUUCGUAGGUUAAGGGGGGUCCAAAGUUGCAAGUUAAGGAAUAUUUCAGUGCUCUAUGGUCAACACAUUACACUCCGUAAAGCUGCUUCCGAACCAAUGUGCGUGUAUAACUAGCUUUCACUGUAGAAAUGCAGAGAAAUAUCAAAUGGUAUUCGAGUUGCAGAUGUAUGAUAUGUUUGCUGUUAAUAACUACUGACAUGUAUAGAAGUUGCUUCAUAUGGACAUGGAUUUAUUUGCCUUGGCAUUCAUUUCAUAGACGUAACUUUGCCUCAUGACCAAAGAAAGGAAAAGAUGGCAUGAAAAUAACUGAAGGAAAAAGAUGAAGCAAAUUAAAGGCUUGCUGUUGGUUGUAUA